GAUUUGGCUUUUUUAAGGACUUAUGUUGGUCAUCUGGAGAACUUUUAAUAGUGCUAAUUACACUUGUUUAAUUUUGAAUUAUUAUUGUAAAUUGAAUGUUGAUUAACAAAUUAAAUGAGACAUUUUAGUGUUUUUAUUUCAAACAAGUUUAGGGAUGUACAAUUUAUUUUGAAAAUUUAAACAGAUGCAAGUAACCUAAGUGCUGUUGUCUACUUGACCUGAGCUCACAUAACACAACUGUACAAAAAUAAGAAAAAGUUUAACACCAGAGAAGAUAGAUUAACAAAUGGCAGGUAGUUGUGACCACCAUGAUAUGGAUGUAUGCAGGAACAUAACUUGGUCACCAGCAGAUCUUGUGUCACCUUGUGGAAUUAACAAAGGACAAUUGAAAGAUAUGUCAAAGAAAUUUUCCAAUUCUUUGGAGAAGCAGAAGCUAACUACAACAGAUUGUGUUCAGAGAGCUAUAAACUUGGAUGCACAACCAUGGAAAGAAACGGCCUUGGAUGCAAAGACUGAACUCAGCAAACAGAGCUCAAAACUCUCACUAGAGAUGCAAGGGAAGAUCUCGGAAAAAGGACUGUUUGAGGACAUUGAAGAUAUCAUGGCAGGAAAAGAUAUUACAGACGAUAUCUGUGUGGAUCUACGAAGUCGUAGACUGGUACAUGUGUCAGAAGGCAAACACGAAAAUCAAGCUGCAUCCCAGAGCAAAACAUUUCUGGAGGAGCACGCAAAUUUCAGUACGUCCAGUUGCCAAGAGAACAUCACAAGAGUGUAUGAUGGAAUUAACUUUCUUGGUGUAUCUAAUGAUACAGAACCUGCUAAAGGUCCUGAGUCAGUUGAUUUAUUGCUGCAUACUGAAAACACAUGUAGUUCAAAGCAAAUUGCUGAAAAGGUUAUUGUACCGAUGGAAAAUGAAGCAUUUCACAGUUCAAAAGUAAUGUCAGAGAAGAGUACUUCUGAAGAUUGUUUUGGAGAGCAAGAUAUAGCUGUUAACCCUAUGACCGAAAGCACAGGGAAUUCUCUUUCCACUGUACAAGGUUACCCAGGAAAUGUACCUUUAGAAACAGCAUUAAACCAACUCCCCCAAACAGUAUUAAAUUCAGCAUUCCAAAAAGCAGGAAAUAUGUUGUCCAAAACAGUUGUAAUGCCACUAUCCCGAGGUACAGUAACUCUUCCACCUUAUACAGCAGAAAACGUCUUGGCUAAGAGAGGUAGGAACUCGAUGUCAAAGAUGACACAAAACCUGCCUCCCCAAAAAUUUGAAAAUAUAUCAUCCCAAGUAGAUGUAACUACAAUGCCCAAAGCAACACAUAAUGUUACACCUAAGACAGCAAAAGAAAUGCUGCCCAAGACACUUGAUGGCCAGUUUUUAAUAACAGUUAACUCGCUUCCCCAAACUGGAGAUAACCUGCUGUCAGACCUGCUGCCUCAAACAGCACAAAACCUCCAGCUUCAGACAACACAAAACAUUCAGCCUCCAACAGCACAAAACAUUUGGGCUCAAAGAACACAAAACAUUCUGCCCCAAACAGCACAGAACCUACAGCCUGAAACAAUACAAAACCUUCUGCCUCCAACACAAAGCCUUCUUCACCAGUUGGCACAAAUCCUGAAGCCUCAAACAACACAAAACAUUAUGCCCCUAUCAGCACAAAACCUGCAGCCUCCAACAACACGAAGCAUUUGGCCUCUGACAGCACAUGAUAUAUGGCCUCAAACAACACAAAACAUUUUGUCCCAAACAACACAGAACAUACAGCCUGAAACAAUACAAAAUUUGCAGCCUCAGAAACAAAACCUUCUGUCUCAAACUGCACAGAUUACUCUGUCUCAUAUGGGAAUGCAAUCACCAAUCCAAGUGACACAAAGUCUACCACAUCAGGAAAUACAAUACCUGUUACCUGAAAUGACAGGACUCUCGCCAGUUCAAACAGUACACAACCUACAGUCAGAAAAAGUUAAAUACUUACCUCCCCAGUCAACUUUCAACAUACUUUCACCAGCACCAGCAAAUGACGUGUCCCAGGUAGCCGUUCCUGUCCAACAUGAUGUGUAUUCUGGUUACACUGGAUCAGAAUGUCCAAUAUCUGUAUGUAGCUACAGUAGUGCAUCAUUGUCAAGAAGUCAGAGUGUAUCAAGCAUACACUCUGAUACAGACAAGAAGUACUAUACUUGCAAUUCAGAGGUCAAACAUGCCUUACAGAACAAGAUUUGUUCUAAAGGUCAAGGUCAGCAAGAGUGGAAAAAAAGAUCUCACCCAUACCCUAACCGUUAUGAAGGCACAGAACAAGUCCAGUAUCAGACCACCUUACCUAAUCUCCCUGUUUUGAACAGUUGUUUAUUUUGAAGCUAAAAGUAAAAGUAUCACUUUAAUUUAGUACGAUAACUGGAAACUGCUUUUAGAUAAUGGAGUUUUCUUGAAAUCAUUUAAUCUGUGGCACAUGAAAGACUAGGAAGACUGAUGGGAGUGGGUUGUGGAACAUUUUUAUUCUGUUUAAUGUCAAUGACUGUGUAUGGUUAGAUGCUAUUUGUUGACAGUUUAUAUGAAGCAGAAAAUAACUGCAAUAACAAUUUGGCUAUUAACAAAUAUUAUAUCACUUAUACAAAAUAUAGUUUGAUAAAAUCAUUCAGAUGACGCAUUUUAUAUCUAGAAAAGAAGCAAGUGUAUUGAACAUUAGAGAUAAGAAAAAUGUAAAACAAAUUUCCACAUUCAAUAUUGAACAUACAUGUACAAAUAAAUCUUGUAUUAUAAUUUGUAUAACUGUAAUCUUGUGAUAAAUGAAAUGGCAAACUUUAUAUAUUACCAAAAGCUGCUAAAAACAUGAGCAAUUCAUUGGAAGUAGACAUAUCCGAGAUCUAAGCUGAACUCUGUGUGAACUUGAAUGAAUCAGGACUUACAUAAUAUGUAUCAGCUGCAAUCAGUUAUGUAACCAUACACUGGACUACUUUAUCAUUGAUAUGGAUCUACUUUAUGUAGCUUAACGGUAGGAACUUCUUUUGGAUGUAGUUAGAUUACUUAGAAUUAUAAUAAGGAAUUAUGUGAUUUUCAGAAGUGUAUGUCUAUAACUCUGAUAGAGGGUAAUGCUGUUUUCAAAAAAAUGUUAUAUUUCCUUGUCCUGUGUGACUAUUGAGUACAUUUAACAUAUAUGAAAAUUACAUAUACUCUUAAGCUGGUGCUUGGGCCCAGACAUAAAAGUGUUGCACAUUUCAUUUGUGGUCAAGAAACCUUUCAAAACAGAGUUUAUUGUUGUUUUGCUUUGUUGCUUUCUUUGAUCUUGUAGAUUAUUUUAGCAGACAUAAGCUGGUAAUUUUGUAUGCCAUUUUUAUGUUGCAUUAUGGUAUUUUGCCUUAGCAGAUGGAAGGCAUUAUUUAUCCAUUACACGUGUGUCAUGUUACACACUGAUAAGCAUUUUUGUCUGUUUUUAAUUGAAAUUUUUAAAUAUUGGUUGAGUUGUUCUCCUCAUAUCGAAACUUUUGAAAAUUUCUCAAUAAAGAGAGUACAAAAGCAUAUACACUGUGCAUAAGCAUCAGCAAAAAUGACAUCUCAGAUGAUGACAAUAUAGAAGAAGAGUGACACUAAUCUUAUGGUAACAGUUGUUCCACGUUAUGUCUGGAUUUAAAAAGUCAGCAUAUAAUUGUAGUGUCUACAUAGUUUUAAAGUGUUACUCUUCUGUAUUGUCGUGAACAAAAAAUGACAACAAAAAAAUAUUUUAUAUAAUUAUUACAUACAAGUGUGUGAUAAGACUGUAAGGAUAAUGUCAAGCAAUGCAGUACAGUAAACUGCAGUUAAAACGAACACCUUAGAAUCAGCAAAAUCUGCUGGUGAUGUCUGGAGUCUCUUAUCAACUUAAGGGUACAAAUUCAUUAUAAAUUGAAUUUGUGUAAUGUACAGAUUUUUAUGAUAAACUGAUUGAUCAGGCCUUGUAACUUGUCUUUUGUUAAAAGUGUCAAAGUGUACAGAUAGAAUGUAGAUAGACCAUUUAAGUGUUAAUAUGCCAUGUAUGUCAAUCUUGGUGAAGAGUGGCUUCUUAAAAAAAGUACCACACCUGCUCCACAAACACUAAAAAAAGGUAAAAUAUUUGCAUUUUCUCAUUAGGAAGAAGCAUAAAAUGUAUAUAAAAGAACAAUACACAUAGUCACAUACUAUUAGCAGUCAUAACAAUGAGAUAAAAACAUAUCAAAAUGUUGUAUUUUGUUCUGUAGUCUGUAUAAAAAAAUUGUUGAAUUAAAUUGCUAAAUGAAUAUAUGUGCUACAUAGAUCCAGACAUGGUAUACUAUAUACCGUACUUUUAACUAACAUGCCAGUUGCUUAUUCUCAUUUAUAGUUAUUUUCGUUUUAAUUGGUGUUUUCUGUUUGUAAGUUGCCGUAAGAAUCCUAGUUUAAUUCUUUUUUGCAGUGUAUUUUGUUUAAACGUAAUAGUAGCAUAAAGCUAUAGCUAAAUUUACAGAAUAAUUGAUAUGUUGAUCUUGAGUUCCUUUUUGACAAUGACAAGAUCAACAUAACAUAUCUAUUGAUCGAAUGCUACCACAUCUACCCACUUAGUAUAAAUCAAUUAUAUAACUAUUUAAUAGAUGAAUGCUAACACAUGAAUCCACUAUUUACUAAACAAUAAUAUAUAUGUAAAAUGACAAAAUUCUGUAACAUGUUUAGUAAGUUCUGUUUAGCACUAAUUUAUAUUAUUUUAAUGAAAUCAGUAUUAUUGUAUUAUCAUGUUUUCUUUGAUAUUGUUGUAAAUGACAAUGAUAACAUGCACUGUAUUGUAUACCUUCUCCACUUAACUAUAUCAUUGUAUGCAUAUAUUAUACACUGUCUUACCAUAUAUUAUGUUUUGUUAGCCCUCAUGGGCCAUUUGUCCUUUCAGAAUUUUGAAAAAUAAACUUACCAAACUUAUUAUGUAUAAUGUAUAUGUCACACUUCGGCAUUCAAAUGGUAAAGUGUGCCAGAAUGUAUAACAUUGCAGGCAUACUUUUUCUGGCAUAAUUGUGCUAUGUUCAUGUAUUAUUGUUAUUAUUUCUGUCAGUUGUGUAACAAUUGUGAUUCACCAUAUGCUGUAAAUAUAAUUUGUUUUAAAUAGAUAUUCCAUAAUAAUUUGCAAUUUAUGUAAUUUGUUAUGUUCAAGUCUUUGAAUAAAAAUAAAUUUCUG